UUAUGACACGUGGCUAAAAUAACCGCUGCGGACUUCAAAACUGAAUUCAAACGCGCCUCCGUACCUCAAUUCAGGUCCGGAACCUGUAGUCGAACCUUCGUUCUCAACCGGAUUCCUCGGCUCCUCAAAUCCUCCACCACCACCGCUCCGCUCUCUCCACACUCCCACACUCCAGCCUCAGCACCUCGCAGACAUGAUCGUCUUGCCCGAAGACAUGGCCUCCUCCAUCCUCAUAGACGAUCCCUUUAACCCCUACACCUUUCCAUGCCCUCUUCCCUCCGCCACCGUCUCCUCUUGCGACUCCACUAUCACCUCCAGCUCCCCACCCGACGCUCUUCAGCUCCGCCUUCAGGCUCUGAUCGAAUCGCACUCAGACUCCUGGACCUACGCCAUCUUCUGGCAUUCUUCUUCAAACGCCAUGCUUUCCUGGGGCGACGGCUUCUACAAGGGCUCCCUUGAUCCCCCCAUCAACCACCGGCACCGCCCCUACUCUCCGGAGCAAGAGCACCGGAAGCGUGUGCUUCGUGAGCUCAACUCUCUUAUCUCCACUUCGGUCGAUGAUGCCAUCGAGGAGGAGGUAACUGAUACAGAGUGGUUCUUCCUAAUUUCCAUGACUCAUUGCUUGGUAGGUCCCACCUCCCUCCUGAUCCAAGCGCAAAUGUCAGCCGAAACUAUCUGGAUUUCAGGAAAUAAUCGAUUGGGUGCCGCGCAAUGUGAUCGCGCUCGCCAGGCGGCGGCGUUUGGUAUUAGGACGAUGGCUUGCAUUCCCGUCGCAAAUGGCGUGGUGGAGCUGGGUUCCACGAAUGUCGUAUUCAAGAACCCCGACACCAUAAGCAGAAUUAGGGAUUCCUUUAGCUUCCCUUCAGUAGAAAUCCCAAUUUCGAAUCCGCAAUUCCUUGUCGAUAACCCAAUUUCGUGCGGAGCUGUUACUCCUCUUCUCACGACCGCCGGAUCGGAAAAUUCGGACCUGGCUUUGACGGUGGAACCUGAAAGACGCCCUAGAAAACGCGGCCGGAAGACGGCUAAUGAGCGGGACCAGCCUCUCAACCAUGUAGAAGCAGAGCGGCAGCGGCGAGAGAAGCUUAAUCAACUAUUCUACUCACUCCGAGCUGUGGUGCCCAAUGUAUCCAAGAUGGAUAAGGCCUCCCUGCUCGGCGACGCCGUCGUUUACAUCACGGAACUCCAGGAGACGAUAAGGUCGCUCGAUUCCUGUAAUGAAUCGCUUCGUUCUCAAGUGGAUGUUCUGAAGAGCAAUGUCAAUGGCUUUCUUGCGGAAGUUGGUGGAAGAGAAGGGAAAUUGGAGGGGCUUGAAUUGGAGGUGAAGGUGAUUAGGACGGAGGCCAUGAUCAGAUUGCAGAGCAAGAGGAAAGGUCACCCUUCAGCAAAGUUCAUGUCGGCGCUCGAGGCUGUCGGGCUCGAGGUGCUUUACGGGAGCUGCUCCGUGGUGGAGGAUCUAAUGCUACAGCAGUUUACAGUGAGGAUGACGGAUUUUAGAUCGCAAGAGCAGCUUAAUGAAGAGAUAUUUGCAAGACUUCUCGGUGAUGCUGCUGCCGGCGGCGACUGCUUUCAGCAAUUUUCGUAGCCGUCCAACUUCCAAGUUUCCGCCGGAACCCAGAUUCAAAGUGACGCAUAUUUCGUGUUUUUUCGGGUGGACUAAUAUUUGUUUUCUUAUAUAUAUUUUCUCGGGCAUAUAAGUAAAUACUAAAAUUGUGAUGUUGUAUUUUUUUUUGUUUUUAG